AUGGGCAACAAUAGUCAUAAGCAACAGCAGGAGAAACAUCACCAGACAACAACAACCGCUACGACCAAUCCUGCUACAUCAAAUAUGAAUGUAGGAGGAACAAAUCCGAGGCCCGGUUCGUCUACUGCUUUUCCAAUAAUUAUUGAGGAUGGAAAUGGGUCAGGAAAUCGACGAAGCAAUGCCCACUCCAUAGGCAAUGGAAACAUUCUAGCAACAUCACAGGGUCGAUCUCAAUCCAUCAUAAAUGCAGGAGCUGGAAGCCUGGCCAAUAAUUCGUUCCAUCUACAAAUUGCGAACAAUGGUCAUCAUCAUGGAUCAACAGGCACACCACUUUCACCCACAAAUCCGCUUCACAGUCCACAAACACUCGCUGUUCCGCCACAAACAUCUCCUUCCAAUAACCAAGGAAGUAGCAGCGGACCAUAUCCAGUUGGACUGGUUAUUGGUCAAAAGUAUAGACUCGUCAGCAAGAUUGGAAAUGGAGCUUUUGGAGAGGUUUUCCUUGCAACCUAUACAACAUCAUCGAAUACAUCCAAUUCAUCAUCUGGAGAACACCAACAACAAGAAUAUUUUGCUGUUAAAUUAGAAUUAAUGCCAACAAGAAAUCAACAAAAUAUGGCUGGAAAACAACAAUUAAUUUAUGAAGCAAAAGUUAUCAAUUAUCUCUUUGGAUCACAUGGCAACUCGAGUCAUUUAACAACGGCAAAUUCAACACCAGUUAUAGGAAUACCGAGAGUUUAUUGGUAUGGAUCUGAGGGCUCCUAUAAUAUAAUGGUCAUGGAUCUUUUGGGACCUUCACUUGAAAGUCUCUUUAAAAAGUGCAAUCGUAAAUUCUCUCUCAAAACUGUACUCAUGUUAGCGGACCAAAUGAUACAACGAAUUGAAUUUACACAUCGAAGAAACUUUGUGCAUCGAGACAUCAAACCAGAUAACUUUUUAAUGGGAAGAAAAUCCAACUCAACAAGUUCAUCGACAUCACUCUCUAGUGAAAAUACAGUUUACAUGAUUGAUUUUGGUUUAUCCAAAAUGUACAUGAGUGACAAGGGUCACAUUCCUUUAAGGAAAGAUAAACACUUGACAGGAACGGCACGUUAUGCAAGUCUUAACAAUCACAAAGGAUAUGAGCAAUCACGACGAGAUGACUUGGAAUCGUUGGGUUAUGUUUUGUUAUACUUUCUAAGAGGAACUUUGCCAUGGCAAGGAUUAACAGGAAAAACGAAAGAAGACCACUACAACAAUAUUUAUAACAAGAAGAAAAAUAUUCGAAUUGUUUCACUUUGUAAAGGUUUACCAAUUGAAUUUGCCACAUAUCUCAAUUACACUAGGGGUCUCAAGUUUUAUCAGGAGCCAGAUUACAUGUAUCUGAGGAACUUAUUCCUGAAUUUAUUUGUUCGAGAGAAGUAUGCUUUGGAUUACGAAUGGGAUUGGGUUGUUAUUGAGAAAAAGCAACGAGCGGAACAGCAACAACAUCAACCGCCACCAUCACAACAGUAA